AUGGCUACCGGAACCGCUGGACCUAAUGUUGCAAACGGUAAUUUUUUAUAUGAAGACAGUCACGCUACUCCUGAUUGGCCACUUGCACUUAUAAUUCCAGGCUAGUCGGGUACCACCCGUUUAACUUAUUUUCGAACUAAGCUUUCGUCGGGGUAGUUCAUAGGUCUGCAAAUUUUGUCACUACUCCGAUUUCCUCCGGGCACAAUUUUUGCGUAGUGUGUGUCUAGUUAGCCUUUAUUCAAGGAUCUGGACUGAAAUUCCGCCUCGAACUCUGUCGGGUGUUCAUUUGUGCUCUCAAAAGACAUUCUUUCAUGCAUUCAGUUCGCUCGGAAUAGAAGUCAUAGUCGUCUUUGAGUAAAGCUUUUAGUCAAGGAAAGGUUGUCCGGGUAGUUGGCUCACCGUCGCCGAGCGCACUUAACAUUGACGACAAGCGCAAAAAACCGCAUUGCGGUCGACGGCAUGCUUAACGAAUAAGCUGUUCACACUGGUGGUAAUGACCCACUUACGUAGCUGACAGACCGAUCGUUUGCAUAACCAGUAAGUUGUUCCCAGACUAACACUGGGGAAUGGACAUCGUCUGUCCUCGAGAAUGAGCGCCUACUCCAGCCUUCAUUCGUCUUCUGAACGCUUGUUAUGUAACGCCCUCUAGCAUGUUUCGUAUGUACGGCAUUUCGUUUUAUACCUAAAUGUUUUAUGACCAGUUUGUUUUGAGCGUGUGGCUGUCAUGAUCUCAGAAUAAAGCCAAGACAUGAACCAGAGAUUUCUGAACAUCAUCUGUCAUUAUUUAAACUCCAUGAUCUUUUCAUAAAUGCCACCCAUGACACUAUGGUGAAAUGCAAUGACGAAUAAGUUACAUCGGAGCUUUCAACUAUGUAUUUUUUAUAGGUGCCAUGACAUUCAAACGGACUUGAAACAUCUGCCCAUAUGCGACUACACAAGCGUGUGCUGCGGGCUAUGCAAAUUGUCCCCCCAUUCAUCUUACUAAAUGGCUGCUGAUAACCACGGCCGUCUAGCAUUCACAUACAAGGACUAGUCCUUUAAUAUGGUGGCUCCUCCAUAAAUUAAAUACCAGGCACCUUUGACCUUGCAGUAGAAACUACUAUGUCUACCCCUCCUGUUGUCAAUAAGGGCGUUCGGGCAAGGCAAGUCCUUGGAUGACCAUACUCUACUCCAAAGUUGAUUAUGGAGAUACAGCCUUCCAUGCCGGCGUUCCCCGAUCCUCCUGAGUUCUGCUUAAUAUCAACCACUGUAGAAUUCAGAUUAUGCCUAACAAAUUCACAUCAAGAAGCAAAUCAGUCCCCUCGAGUGUUGUGUGACUUAGGAUUUGGCCUCUCGAGCCUGGAUAGUUCAUAUUUUUACGUGGAAGAUUAUGGAUGUAUACCAUCUAACACAAAUUCCGUCCUGUACGUUCUCCGGGUGGGGGGGGGCUCUAAUGUUGCUGUAGAAUUUGGCUGAAAUGAUCCUUAUCUAAGUCUGCGUUGGGAGCCAUCUCCCUGUGUGAUCGCGAAAAUCGUCUACUGCCUACCUGUUGCUUGGAGUUGCUAGGGCUUUGGGCAACUAGAGCCCCCUCCAGUGCCACGACAUUGACUAACCAGAUCUCGAACACGAGCUUCAGUGCCAACUUAAUGGAACUCUAAAUUGCCAACAGUCAAAUCCAAAACAUUGUCAUUUCAUGUGUGUGCUUACCCUCGAUGCUGUGUUCCACUUUACUACUAUCUUAAGAUCUGGCGACGUCUGCCGAAACUCAAGUAUCUACUAACAUCAUGGACAAUUCUAGCUCAUUCCGAACUAGGUCUCAUAGGCCGUGGGAGGUGACAGUUUUAUCGUUGUGACAGACGAUGUCCACCGUGUGCUCCACAACAGGGGGACAGACACGGGGACUUGCGCACGAUUUCAUUUAGUGAUAGUAGGCUGGCGAUGCAUCUCACGCACUCUACCACGCCCGGGCCUGGUGUCAAGAUAUAGUCAAGAAGACCGCCACACCUGGUUCACAACAAACACGACCAGGAUUUUAACCAGCAACGAGUGCGAAUGCUGGCGUGGCCGAAACCGCUCCUAGGCGUGCUGCUGCACCCGGCCUCGACCCCACGCAAUGGGAGUACCAUAAAGGCCAUAUUGACAAGGAGCCAUUGCAGCCUGGCUCUCAGUCUACUGGUCAGCCUCUCAACACAUACACACAACUGUCCGACUGCGAGUACUGAUUUGAAGUGUCAGUCGGCAACCUUCCAAGCUGUGGGAGAUAGUAGACAAGACAUUAGACCAACGCAUGGAAAUUUUCAUUUAUAUCACUGUCGAGUCGAACGGGCUAUCACCCGUGUUUUAAAGCUGGUCUGGAUAGCUAAUUCAGGCCGUUGCGUUCUCCCAGACUAGUGACGCAGUUCCAGUCCUACUCAUUGACUUGUUUCUGCUAUUUCGGCAUUCCACACGAGAGCUGAAGAGUGUCGAAAUAACUAGUCCAAAACCAAUUUAAAGUCUGUCUAUCGUCAACUCCUCAAACUUUAGUACACCUCCAUUCACGUCGUUAAUUUAGUGGGUGAUAACUCUUCCUUCUGCUUCUUUAAGAUCACGAUGACGAAUUCGUUGUACCGCACAUGGACAUAUCCUGUCUUCAGAAUUCCUUCGCUUACCAACGUGUCCUCGAGGAACCCUGGACGUACAUCCACAAUUGGGAUUCCCUAAGUGUCUCCAUGCAGCAAGCCGUCAUGCAGUCUUUUAUGCAGGAAUUGCAGGAAAUAAAGACCGGCAUCGCCUACACUGAGGGAGUAUAUGUGGGGGAUGUAACCGGAGAGAAUCUUGAAUUCUUACCUCAGGUUAGUUGCACUUCUUUAAAAGCGUGCAGUACAGCGACAGUUCGACCGACGAUGUCUGCCGUGUGCACCACAGCAGGGUGGGAGCCGGGAUGAUGACUUCCGCGCAAUUUAUUAUAUAGUGAGGAUGGACUUGCGCUGCAUCCUCCGCGCUCUCCUCCUUUUUCACCCAAAUGCGGUGUCAAGACGGAUUCAAGAAGACUGUUGGCGGGGGAAAGCACAGAUGGGUGGUGUGGCCAAAACCGUCGGCUAAGCGUACUACCUAACCCCCUGGUCUACAGCAUACACUGACCAGGAUUGUACACUGCAAAAAGGAAGGCGGACCGAAUUCCCAUUGGCACGGCAUGGGCCUGCACCUGUUCGUGCCAUGCCCACAAUGUUGACAUUUGUUAUGAGUGCGCGUUCCCAAUAGCCCCUGCCAGACCCCGAUCUAGUUCCCGUGUUGGUCCAACGCAUCUACCGCGUUGCUCGUUUUAGCGGGCACACACAGCAUGCCACUGCAGCCAUGACUUGCGGCCCCCAAGAUGAACUGCUGUUUUGUCAGACUGACUCAAGUCAAACGCAUGUGUGUACACGCAUUAAGUGGGGGUUUUAUGCCACGUCGGCCACUGCGCCCGGUUUUAUUUUCAGUUAACUCGGAACUGUAACUGGCUGGUUUUCAGUUACUAUUGCCGCUAACUUCUCUAAGACACUUUCAUUCAUCCUCCACUGACUGCAUCGAUGUUGACCUGGGGAAGGGCAGUUAGUGCCGGUCACAGUUCGAAACUGUGAUCCUGAGUUGGUAUCUUUACUGCAAAAAUUGCCACCCCACUUGUCGUGCAGACCUUGUUGGAAUAUCAAGGGCCGAGUAUCGAAAGUAAGAUGCCUGAGAAACUGGCCAUCGAGAUUAACAGUAGCAGAGAGUAAUUACGCAGGAGAAAGGUUGCCGUCUUUCCUUCCUACAGUAGGUGGUCGGAACGUAACUAGCACAAGUUUUGUGUUUUUCUGCUAGAUAAACAUUGUGUGUCUUUAUUGCCACUAGAUUUUGAAGUUUACGGGGAAUUUCUUUUUGCCGUAAUAUUUUCUUCUUUAUAGACCCCUGUACUUCCGUCAGACCAAUUUAGGCCGGCCAGUCAGCCACAGCAACAGAAUCUGCAAAGUUGA